AUUACAGGGUAAAUUGACAGGAAGGGAGAGGGUCCAGUUAUUAUUAGAUGAUUCAUUCAUCAAAUACGAUUCAUUCGUUGAACACCUUAGCACUGAAUACUCCUAAAAAUAAGUGAUUGUGAUCUCACUGCUCUUAAUCUCAUCAUCCCUCCUUCAUCUGACACUCCUUAUGCCAUGUCUUGCAUCAUCAAAGCUGUGGUAGACAAGGAAGAGGUCUUCUAAAUAAUGCCCGACUGUGCUAUGAAUAUACAUGUACAUGUGCACAUGUAGUAGUUGGAUUUGCCAGGUAGAAUGGACAGACAGUGGGUGUGGUUGGUAAUCAGCCCAAUCAAAAAGCAGGUUGUUUAGAUAUUAAUUUAUCAGUUAAAAGUGCUCGGUUUGUUAGGUUCUUUGAUCCUUCUUGUAUUCCACUGACAACCUUUUGAUGUACCAGGAUUUCUACCAGCUAUAUGAGGAGAACAGUUCUGAGAUAAGGUCCCUCCUAAUGAGUAUGUCCCUUGAUCUUCCUCACUACACUGACCUGGAGUGGAGACUGGAGGCACAACUGAGCUCUAGAUCACUGGAACGACAAGUACAACCAUCAAUACUACUGAGACUACAUACUGAGGAGGAAGGUGUUCCUAGUGUUUAUACGAUAGAGACUGAUCCUGUUAAUCUCAUUCAUUUGACUAACAGUCUUGAGACAGCACUAGCUGAAAUAAAGAGUCAACAUUGCAGACGAUUAAUGAGGGGCAUUAAAUAGAAAAGUAGCAACAUUUUAGUCGGGUGUUUUUGUUUGUAUAGAACUAUAAUAAAGUGUGUAUGUGCUUGUUGUGUUUGAACUAUUAAUGUGGCUAAACAUUCAACUGUA